GUUGGGUCUGACUCGGAAUAGUAACACUUCCGCCUCAGCUAGAAUAUUUUUAUCUGGAACUGUUGUCGUCCUUAGGAUGGGACUGCCACUGAAUGUCUCUGUUUCAUUGUCUAGUCCGACCUAUGUGUGUGGCUAUCCACAGGGUUCCAGCAGUAGCUUUGCAGGUGCAUCAGCCCUUUUUUGUUUUUGUUUGGGAGGAAGAGUGAGGGCACAGGGGCCUGUGACAGCCAGCCUUCAUGUUCUCACAAGUGCAUGCUUCGAGAUUACUGCACUUAACCAGUGUUUCUAACAUCUUCUUGUAAAAGGAGAGCGCGCCGUGGCCUCAACCAUGAAGGAAAGCAGUUGCACAGGGCAUGGAGCUGGAGAACUAUGAACCGCCCGUGGUGCUGAGAGAGGACAACUGCCGCAGGCGCCGAAGGAUGAAGCAGCGCAGCACGGCGGCCAGCCUGUCCUCCAUGGAGCUCAUCCCCAUCGAGUUCGUGCUGCCCACCAGCCAGCGCAACACCAAGACCCCCGAAACGGCGCUGCUGCACGUGGCCGGCCAUGGCAAUGUGGAGCAGAUGAAGGCCCAGGUGUGGCUGCGCGCGCUGGAGACCAGCGUGGCCGCCGACUUCUACCACCGCCUUGGCCCCGACCACUUCCUCCUGCUCUACCAGAAGAAGGGACAGUGGUACGAGAUCUAUGACAAAUAUCAGGUGGUGCAGACCCUGGACUGCCUGCGCUACUGGAAGGUGCUGCACCGCAGCCCUGGCCAGAUCCAUCUCGUGCAGCGGAGCACGCCCUCAGAGGAGACGCUGGCUUUCCAGCGCCAGCUCAACGCCCUGAUUGGCUACGAUGUCACCGACGUCAGCAACGUGCACGACGACGAGCUGGAGUUCACGCGCCGCCGCCUGGUCACCCCGCGCAUGGCCGAGGUGGCCGGCCGGGACCCCAAGCUCUACGCCAUGCACCCCUGGGUGACGUCCAAGCCCCUCCCGGAGUACCUGUUGAAAAAGAUCACCAACAACUGCAUCUUCAUCGUCAUUCAUCGCAGUACCACUAGCCAGACCAUCAAGGUCUCGGCGGAUGACACCCCAGGCACCAUCCUCCAUAGCUUCUUUACCAAGAUGGCCAAGAAGAAGUCUCUGAUGGAUAUCCCCGAAAGUCAGAAUGAACAAGACUUUGUGUUGCGCGUCUGUGGCCGGGAUGAGUACCUGGUAGGUGAGACGCCCAUCAAAAACUUCCAGUGGGUGAGGCAGUGCCUCAAGAACGGGGAAGAGAUUCACCUGGUGCUGGACACGCCUCCGAACCCAGACCUGGACCAGGUGCGGAAGGAAGAGUGGCCACUGGUGGAUGACUGCACAGGAGUCACUGGCUACCAUGAGCAGCUGACCAUCCAUGGGAAGGACCACGAGAGCGUGUUCACCGUGUCCCUGUGGGACUGCGACCGCAAGUUCAGGGUCAAGAUCAGAGGCAUUGACAUCCCUGUCCUGCCCCGGAAUGCUGACCUCACCGUUUAUGUGGAGGCAAACAUCCAGUAUGGGCAGCAAGUCCUUUGCCAAAGAAGAACUAGCCCCAAACCCUUCACGGAGGAGGUGCUCUGGAACGUGUGGCUUGAGUUCAGUAUCAAGAUCAAAGACUUACCCAAAGGUGCCCUGCUGAACCUCCAAAUCUACUGCGGCAAAGCUCCAGCACUGUCUGGUAAGGCCUCUGCGGAGACCCCCAGUCCUGAGUCGAAAGGCAAAGCUCAGCUUCUCUACUAUGUGAACCUGCUGCUAAUAGACCACCGCUUCCUCCUGCGCCAUGGGGAGUACGUGCUCCACAUGUGGCAGCUCUCGGGGAAGGGGGAGGACCAUGGAAGCUUCAAUGCUGACAAGCUCACGUCGGCAACCAACCCGGACAAGGAGAACUCAAUGUCCAUCUCCAUUCUUCUAGACAAUUACUGUCACCCCAUAGCCUUGCCUAAACAUCGGCCCACCCCUGACCCGGAAGGGGACCGGGUGCGAGCCGAAAUGCCCAAUCAGCUUCGGAAACAACUAGAGGCAAUCAUAGCCACUGAUCCCCUUAACCCUCUCACGGCGGAAGACAAAGAAUUGCUCUGGCAUUUCAGAUAUGAAAGCCUUAAGGACCCCAAAGCAUAUCCUAAGCUCUUUAGCUCCGUGAAAUGGGGACAGCAAGAAAUUGUAGCCAAAACAUACCAACUGUUAGCCAGAAGGGAGGUCUGGGAUCAAAGUGCUUUGGAUGUUGGAUUAACCAUGCAACUCCUGGACUGCAACUUUUCAGAUGAAAAUGUAAGAGCCAUUGCAGUUCAGAAACUGGAGAGCUUGGAGGAUGACGAUGUUCUACAUUACCUGCUUCAGCUGGUCCAGGCUGUGAAAUUUGAACCAUACCAUGACAGCGCCCUGGCCAGGUUUCUGCUGAAGCGUGGCUUAAGAAACAAAAGAAUUGGUCACUUCUUGUUUUGGUUCUUGAGAAGUGAGAUCGCCCAGUCCAGGCACUAUCAGCAGAGGUUUGCGGUGAUUCUGGAAGCCUAUCUAAGGGGCUGUGGCACGGCCAUGCUGCACGACUUCACCCAACAAGUCCAAGUAAUUGACAUGUUACAGAAAGUCACCAUUGAUAUUAAAUCACUCUCUGCAGAAAAGUAUGACGUCAGUUCCCAAGUUAUUUCCCAACUUAAGCAAAAGCUUGAAAACCUCCAGAAUUUGAAUCUCCCCCAGAGCUUCCGAGUUCCGUAUGAUCCUGGACUGAAAGCAGGAGCACUGGUGAUUGAAAAAUGUAAAGUGAUGGCCUCCAAGAAAAAGCCCUUGUGGCUUGAGUUUAAAUGUGCUGACCCUACAGCUCUAUCAAACGAAACAAUUGGAAUUAUCUUUAAACAUGGUGACGAUCUGCGCCAAGACAUGCUGAUUUUACAGAUUCUACGAAUCAUGGAGUCCAUUUGGGAGACUGAGUCUUUGGAUCUGUGCCUCCUGCCAUAUGGAUGCAUCUCAACUGGUGACAAAAUAGGAAUGAUCGAGAUCGUGAAAGACGCCACAACGAUCGCCAAAAUUCAGCAGAGCACGGUGGGCAACACGGGCGCCUUUAAAGAUGAAGUCCUGAAUCACUGGCUCAAAGAAAAAUGCCCCAUUGACGAAAAGUUUCAGGCAGCGGUGGAGAGAUUUGUUUAUUCCUGCGCUGGCUACUGUGUGGCAACCUUUGUUCUUGGAAUAGGCGACAGACACAAUGACAAUAUUAUGAUCUCAGAGACAGGAAAUCUAUUUCACAUUGACUUCGGGCACAUUCUUGGGAAUUACAAAAGUUUCCUGGGCAUUAAUAAAGAAAGAGUGCCCUUUGUGCUGACCCCAGACUUCCUGUUUGUGAUGGGGACUUCCGGAAAGAAGACAAGCCUACACUUCCAGAAAUUUCAGGACGUCUGCGUUAAGGCUUACCUAGCCCUUCGUCAUCACACAAACCUGCUGAUCAUCCUGUUCUCCAUGAUGCUGAUGACCGGGAUGCCCCAGCUAACCAGCAAAGAAGACAUUGACUACAUUCGGGAUGCCCUCACAGUGGGGAAAAGUGAGGAGGACGCUAAGAAGUAUUUUCUGGAUCAGAUUGAAGUUUGCAGAGACAAAGGAUGGACUGUGCAGUUUAACUGGUUCCUGCAUCUUGUUCUCGGCAUCAAACAAGGAGAGAAACAUUCCGCCUAAUACUUCGGGCUGGAAUUAGAAACAAGUUAGUGUUCUAAGGCUUUAAAUCAGCAUGACAGUCAUCGAAAGUGAUUUAAAAUGUCAUAGAAAAAAAAAAGUCAUAGGACAUUAUGAAAGCUGGCACAUGAGAAGUAUAGCUAUUUCCUAGCUGAACUCUUCAUGAAGAAAAAUCUUGGCGCAUCUGAAGUAAUGUUCACUUUCAGGCUUUUUUGCUGGUUUGUUUUUUCUCAUUUGUCUCGGUGAGUAUGGAGAACAUUCUGAGUUUCAGCAGCCUAAUUACGUCCUCAUCGUGACUGAUGUUUUGACUAUCAGAUUAUUGAGUGCUUCUGGAAAUUCUUGAGAAUAACUGAAUGAAAAAUAACAUCUAUUUUCAUCUGGGUUUCCUCCCAAUUUUGGUUACCCUCGUGUUUCUCAAACUCUUUACAGAAAAAAUGUGAUCGUUGUAACUUCUGUCUCAUUCCUUAAAUGCUGCUUCCAGACAUCCCCUCCAGGUCUGCAGAUGUUAGUGAUGUGCUAAAAGUGAGGAAAUCGAGCUGGUCUUUUCAGUGUCCUUUGUGUCAUUAGAUUCUGUUACCACUGAGACUCACAAACACAAAUGGAAAGUCGUAACCUUUGUGCCCUGGCCCUUCUCUGCUGGCUUGGUUCCAAGUUAUGAACAGUAACAUUUGUCUCAACUCUGCCCACAGAGUGAACCAUCAAGUCUCUAGCAGAGAAACAGGAAGUGACUAAAGGGAGUCAUUUGAGGCCUUUAUAGUCGCCCACACACAUCCCCCUCGCCUUUUCCCUGCUUCUCUUCUUCCUCAGUUGCCACCUUCCCACAACUCCUGACACACAGUUCUAAAAUAUUCAAGAACACCUUUUACCCUAGAACUCAAAAAUUAGUUGAAAAAGGAUUUCUCCUCCAGAGUUACUGCAAUUUUAGGUACUUAUUUGUAAAGACAUUUGGUGAGGUUUUUGGCUUUUUUUUUUAAAGUUUAUUUUUAAAGGAGACACUCUAGAAAAUAUGGAUGCGUUUCCAAAUGCCUUAAUUUUCGAUGUUGGUCUGAGCGGUUUUUCCUUUCUUUUUAAUGGAAGUAGCUAUCUGACAUCUAAAACGUCCUCCCGGUUAGGAAGAACACUACUUGCCCUCUUCCAUCUUGCAGUUGAAAAGACUUUACACUUCAAUGCAUUCUUCAGAUUUCCUAAAAAUAACCAAAAUGUCUUCUUUAAAAACUCUUUUCACCUCUUAAGUAUUUUAUUAUUUAUUGGAAGUGUUGCUUAACAGAGAAAGAUCAUUAAAUUAUUUAUAGAAUAUUUUUAAAUUACCAAUGGUUAAUACUUUACAUAGAAAUAACUGUGUGCAUGGUGUCUGUUUAAGUAUAAUCAGGUAUAAAUAUAUAUUUAAUUUUUAAAUUUUCUAAAGAGACACCUGUUUGGUGUAGCCCAGACCUUUCUUUUUGAGUACACAAAAGCCCAGUGGUUCUUAUGUCUGGCUGCAAAUCAGAAUCACCAGGAUACUUUAAAAAGUACCCUGCCUGAGUGCCCAACCUCACUCAGGUUAUAAUGAAUUAGUCUGGGAUGAGACCUAGAUCGCACUGUUUGUCCAAGUCUUCCAGGUGAUUCUAAUAUGCAGCAAGAGUUUGGAAGCCCCGAUGGCCUUUGAAACUGUAGGGAACACUGCUUCCUUGCCCACUGAGCCUUUCCCCGGCUCCUAAUGUAUUGAGAAAGAGUUUCUCUUCCUUGACAACUUGUCCUUUUAAAAUCAUGCUCUGACCCCUAUACAGAGGUCCAUGCCUGUAAUGAAAUGUUUAUUCCUCUAUGUUAAUGGAGAGGAGACAUUUUAUAGCAUUUUUUUGGACCAAUUCCCCACCAUUCUUUUGAAGAACAGGAAGAAUGGUACUUUCUAAUUCAGAAGAGGAUGUUUCAUUAUUCUUAUAAAGCACAGUCGAGCUCAGACCUUGUACAGAUUUCACUUUUUGUCUGAAUUGCUGAAAUAAUUGUGUUAAUAAUAGAAGAAUUGCAGAAGAAUGUAUCAUAUUUAGCUUAUCAGUGCACGGGUGUACAAAUUUGCUCUUCAAAUGAACAAGUUCUUUCAUUAUGCUGAUUAUAUAUAUAUUUGUACACAUAUAUAACACUGGGCUUGAUUCUUCCAUAUUGCAAUGAAGGUAUAAUUUUAAUUCUAUAGACUUGUACAUAAACAGAAACCACCUUUGUGUGCUUCCUUCAUGGUCUCCAGUGAAUCACAUGACCCACAACUUGUAUACCUUUGAAAUUGUCCUAGAACUCAGGACAUCUUGCUAUUGGAAGGAGAAGUUGGGAACUACCCACACCCCAUCAUCAAUGCCAAAUGAAACAGAGAUCACAAGUCAGGUUAUUCAAGUCAAAGCAGCUUUUAUGUGAAUCUAGGACUGGCUACAUCAUUUGCAGAGCCCAGCACAGAAUGAAAAUGCCAGGGCUGUGGUUCACAAGUGAUUAAGAGAUUCAAGAUGGCAACAGUGGAGUACAAAACUUUCUGAGCAUGAGUCACUGCACAGUUCACAAGCCCAGGGAGCUGGCACUGGGUGUAUCUGAACAAUGGCUUUGGUACUCAGCUUACAUUUAGACCACAACUGUGUGAGUGCAGGUAACAUGCCAGAUCAAAAUGUUGCUUCUGUUCAAAUUGAAAUACCUCAUCUCUAUGGCUGUACGUUAGGUCCUAAAACGCUGACCCAUUGCUUUGGGACUGGAACUAUGGCCAUCAAAGUAAGGCAAAGCAGAUUCUCUAGACCCAGUCCCACAUGACUGCAUUGACUGGCUUCAGUGAGAGUAGGGGGAAGUGGAGAUAGUAUCAUAAAAUAUAUCAGCUCCUUGAGCAAAUUCUUGAUAAAAAAAAUAACUUUAUUAAAUAUAUCAUUUAUAGGAGAUGAAUUUUUUUCAAAGGUUAGAUGUAGCAAUUCUGUAGUAGAAUUUGGAGGCUGUACAAAUGGAAAUCAAUUAUCUUUUUGAAAUAAGUCUGAAAAAUAGUUUCUGGAGUAAAUUCUGGCAUUUGGUAAGUGAGGUUCUCUUUGCCCUAUGAAAUAAACUGUAAAUUAUAUUUUACCAUGUAAAGAAAAAAAUAAAAGAAAUUUUGAUUUUUAAA